CUGGCUGAUAUAUUUAUGGGUCUUUUGGCAGAUAUACUUAUGGUAAUAGGCGCUGUUUUGGUUGGAUAUGCUACCUGCAUGCUUCAGCAGGGAUUUGGACCUUCUUUCUUCUCAAGAACGCAACAACCUUUUGAGAGCGAAUUCAAAGAACAGCCAAAUAAGGAGAAAUCCACUCUAAUUGCGGAUAGGAUGAAAGAGGAACCAGGAUGGCCAUCUUUCGGACAACUAAUUAUUGAUCUUUCCAAGUUUGCCUUUGAGGCAAUUGGUGGCGUAUUCCUUUACUUCAUCCCCUCCCGUACCAGACCCGGUGGCUCCAAGGGUCUGAUGCCAUUGAGGGAUACUCUUAGGAUGCCUGAAGAUGAAGUUGAGCCCCCAUUAAUGCAAAGGCAGAAGUCAGCUGCUCCGCUAUCUGAAGCCCAUCACAUCCAUACUCCCAAUACAACUGAUAAAUAUUCAGAAGCGAAACCCCCAAAGAUCAAAUCAUCCAGUUUUAAGGACCCUUCUCUAUCAACCAAGCACCGGUCCUCAAAGCGACAAGAAUAUGCAGACUUCUAUGGGUCAGGUGAACCUCCUUACGUCAAGUCUAAGAGCCAGAAAGAAAGAACAAAACAUCGUCAACGCGAUAGAAGUGAAGAGGUUAUUUAUGGAGCAAGUGGGGUGGAUCCAAAACCAGUUGAGGUCAAGCCAGUGGAUUAUGACAACCUGAAGUUCGAUCAUUACAAUAUGAGGAGCAAGUAUGAGGACGGUCCCUACCGUUUUUGAAUAUAUACAUAAAACUCUUAGAGAUUACUCUCUCUGUGCUGGUAAUUUCAACUUUUUAACUUUUCGUUUUAUCUUUUAUUUGCUUCGCACCAUGUAAUGUGUACCCCAUAAUUGAACCAAAACUGUAAUCAGGAGCUUUGGUCAGAAAGAAUGUUUCUCGGUCUGAGUGCUGCAACACAUGGAAGUACUGCAAAAUAUUGUUGAGUGUUCUAAUAUAUAAAAUUUUUAUCCA